AUGGUGGACACAGGCACAAUCCGAAUGGUUGUUGGCAUUAUCGGUAAUGUCAUCUCUUUGGGCUUGUUUCUCUCCCCAAUCCCGACAUUUUGUAGAAUAAUAAAACUAAAAACAGUAGCAGAUUUCAAGCCGGACCCUUAUGUAGCAACAUUGCUCAAUUGUGCUAUGUGGGUUUUCUAUGGCAUGCCCUUUGUCCAUCCCGACAGCAUUCUCGUCAUCACAAUCAAUGGCGCUGGAUUUUUCAUUGAAUUAAUCUAUAUUACCAUCUUUAUAAUCUACUCUCCGGGCUCAAAACGCAAAAAGAUCUUCAUUGCACUUGUGACUGAAGUUAUCUUCUUUGUUAUUGUGGUUUUUGUGGUAAUGUAUUGUUUCCAUACUACGAAACGCCGGUCUUUGAUAGUUGGGAUCAUCUGUAUUGUCUUCAACAUCCUUAUGUAUGCAUCACCAUUGACAAUCAUGAAAAUUGUCAUCAAGACAAAGAGUGUAAAGUACAUGCCAUUUUAUCUCUCGCUUGCUAGCCUCUUAAAUGGAGUUGUCUGGGUGGUCUACGCACUUCUUAAAUUUGAUAUUAAUAUUCUGAUUCCAAAUGGUUUGGGAGCGAUUUCCGGCGUAGUACAACUCAUCCUGUACGCCACCUUCUACAGAACCACCCGAUGGGAUGAUGACGACGACGAAAUGAAUUCGAGAUCGAAGGUCCAAAUGUCCAAUGUCUAG